UAGUGCAUAUUUAUGUUUAAAAUAUUUUGCUUGUUUUUAUCAGUUUCGAUAUUUCGGAAGGAAAGACAGAUGGCAUUGAUUCGUCAGUCACAUGUCGAGUUGAUAUCGAGAAUGUAAAGAAUUGGCAAGAGGUUAUGAAUAACCCAGAAUAUGAACUAUCACAAUUUAUAGCAAUGGAAACAGCAAAUAUUUUGAAGAAAACACCAAUACCAAAAUCUUCAUCAACAUCAUUAGCGUCAUCAUCAACAGUAGCAGCAGAGGAAGUAGUGGAAAAUGAAAAGACAGUGAAAAAGGUUUAUUCUCUUGAACACGAAUUAGGAGAUGAUGAAGUUGAUGGUAACAAAUUACCAAAGGAUGUGAACCGUCUGGUGAAUACUUACAUGAAAUGGUCAGAUGGAAGUCUUGAAGAAAAGUGUAAACUGCUGUUUAGUAUUUGGGAUUUUGCUGGCCACUACCUCUACUACACUAUGCACCAGGUGUUUUUGUCACCCCGUUCAAUCUACUGUGUUGUAUUCGAUGCCAGCAAAAACCUAUAUGCAAAAGCAGAUCUGGAUUUCUUUCCAGUCGGCUCGUAUCAGCCUAUUGUUGAGGAAUUUACACUCAACCAUGAGAUGACUAAUCUAGAGUUCCUGAACUUUUGGAUCAGCUCUAUAUUCUCACAUGUGAAGGCAAAUGAACAGGAGCAAGAUGGCGACGGCCUCCUUAGCCCGCCGGUAUUCAUUGUCGGCACCCACCUUGACUGUAUCCCAGGGACCGAUGAGGAGAAACAACGCAAGCUCGAUGAAAUCUCCAAAAUUAUCAAAGAUUACCUUGGGGACAAAGCAUACAGAGGCCAUGUCGUACCUCAAAUAUAUUUUGUGGACAACAAAUUCCGACAAGGUGAAAGUCUGAAGAAAUUCAGAGAACAUGUGGAGGAAGUAAUGCGCAAACAGCCGUACAUGAAUAAAAUGAUCCAAGUAUCUUGGUUCCGAUUCCAGAAUCAUGUGAUGAAACUGCGAAAAGAAACUAACUACAUAACACUUAAAGAGGCAAUGGAAAUUUCAACACGCUUUGGAGUCCAGAAUGAUGAUAUAUUUGACAUGCUUCAGCUAUUCCAUGACGUCGGAGUCGUUGCUUUCUAUGGCGAACGUAACAGUAACAGUGAGGCAUUCAACGAUAUUGUUGUGCUUAACCCUCAAUGGUUGAUCAUCAUCUUCACAAAAAUCAUCACCAUCAACAAAGAUGAAGAAAAUUGGCCCGCAUAUAAAAAGUACUGGAGUAAGCUAGAGGAAAAGGGAAUUUUGGAGGAGAAACUAGUCAACCACGUUUGGUCUAAGUUUCCUAAAAAUCAAAGAGAAUCACUUCUUCAAAUAAUGGAAAGAUUUGACUUGCUGUGUGAAAAUAAGACCGUUGAAGGAGAAACACAUUACACUGAAGAAGGUCAGUUCUGUCGACAGUUUUUUGUUCCAUGUCAACUGAAACCCAAUAAAGAAGACAUUGGCAGAGUAUGGGAAUUAGAACGCAAUGCUGUUGUCAUCAACAUCAUUCCCAAAGAUAAAUUUCUUCCAGAGGGCCUGUUCCAUCGUCUGACUGUGAGGGCAGCGGUUUGGACACAACAGAAAGAAGGCUGUCAAUCUAAACAACCUCGUCUAUAUUAUAGACAAACAGAACUGUACCUUGAUGAGGACCAUGAGCUUAUUAUGAAAAUGCACGUGACAAACAAGGGUGAUAGAAUGAUAAAGAUCAUUAUCUAUUACCCGCCCGUAGGGAAUGAUGAGAGUAGCAGAUUACCAACGCCCUCGAUGUGUAAAGAGGUAUUCGUAUUCCUUCUGAACAGUCUGAAGAACUUGAAAAUGAUGUGGAUGAAACAGAUAGACUUUCACUUACAUGUACCUUGCUACACUUGCAAGGAAUUUGAUGAUCACCAUCAUCUUCUGGAAACCUGUCUGAAACAGAAAAAGACUGAUUGCGGUAGAAAACGUGAAUUGACAACGUUUUGGCAGAAUCUCUUUGGUGACACACAAGUAAACCAAGUAGUGAAACAUCCGUUGGAAAGCCUGGCAAAGACAAAUGACAAUCAAACCAACAAAAUGCCUGUUUCUUCAUUUGGUACUGGCCUGACGUCAUCGCUAGGAAAUGAUAACAGUGGAAUUACAAGUUCUACAAAAAAACUGAUAACAGAGCUAACACCUGCUGAUGAGAGUAACCAGGACGAAGGCGUGAAAAUCAAUGUAAUCGGUGAUAAAAACAUAGUUAUAGUGAAUAAUAAGGGAAUCAUAGAAAUAAAUGAGGCUCAACAAUCAACAAACUACAGGGUGAAAACAAAGCGAUCAGCUGAAAAACUGGAUCCAAACAUUCACAAAUGUAAUGAAUGUGAUCGAGUGUGUCGAUCUAAAGCAGGCCUCGUUAGCCAUCUUCGAAGACAUUCAGUUAAACCUAGAACAGAUUAUAGCCCUGAUAAACCUACACGUGAAACCAGUGAAGGAAGUUGCUCAUACCGUUCCAGUCCAAUACAGACACCUGAAAACAUGCAACAGACAAGACAGUAACGUACACAGUAAUAAAUAGAGAACAGGAAAGAAAACACCUUUUUGAAUGUUUCGUACACAAAGAUUUGCAAAUGUCUUGUAGGCCACAAGAGCCACGGUAGUCUCAGGACGUUUAGAUAUUGCUCUCGUGGCAGUUCGCAGGUCUUCAUUCCCUUAUGAGUCCCCAUGUGCCCGCUCUAGAGGAGUCUGAGUAUAUAUUAUCGAAACAACAUAAGUGAACUAAUCUAACCCAUAUAGUUGCAAAAUAGACCCUAAUUUCUGUUAUCGAUCUGUUAAAAUUGUUGACAUACUGUAGUGACACAUGUAGACCUACAUAAAAUUUCGUAUGAAUAUAGCUUCUAGUUUUUUGGAAUGAUAACUUUGAAACAUACUCAUCGGACAAUAAAAGUGACGACAUUCUAGGCGCUGGGCGGAAUUUCAAGACAACUUGAUAGAGUAAAAAAGCUAAUGUUAGGCAUAACAAUGAAAAACUAUUGUCUUCCUCCUCAGAAUUUGCAAAUGUUUGGAUUUUAAGCAUAACAAGUUCCCAUACCUAUGCAUCUGCAGAAAGAUCCUAUUUUAGUUUUUUAGCACAUGACAUGGAAGUGUAUGAAGUUCUGCAAUGUAAUUUAUUGUUUGUUAAUGUUAUUGGUGAAUUGUGCAAUAGCUUUCGAAUUUUGAUCGACUGGUUUUACUCCAAUUUUUAAUUUUAUUUUGUUAUGUUUUUGCACAUUUUGAUGGGUGACUGUUGUUUCUUAAAUUUAAUUUCUAUCAUAUUUAUAUAUUCCUAGGUAUAGUUGUAACUUAUAUUAGGAACUUUUCAGUGCAAUAUAUUUUUUGUUCAUUGCCUUUUACAUAUUUUUUAUCAUUUUAUAAUUUUACGGGUAAAAAAACUACAUUUAAUGUAUUGUUUUCUUUUGGAGCCAAUAAAAAAUAUAGGCAGUUUAUAUUUAUAAUGGUUGAAAGUUAUAAAAGUACUUUAAGACACUUUGACUUAGCUGAGACAUUCAUAUUUAAAUGUGUUGACCUAGUAUGAAUUAUUUUAAUCAUUUGAAAUAUUAGCCCUACCAACAAUAUCUUGUUAGUACGGCUUGUUUAUGGUACUUACAUAGGGUCAGCCUCAAUCGCAAUAUUUGUCCCAUCUAUUUUGUCUAUUUUCAUGGCAACAGGAUGGAAGAAAUAUUUUUUUAUCUGUGCAUACUUAAUUUGUUCAUUUUUUUAUUACAAACUGUAGAAAAAAAAUGUAUUUCAAGUUACCAGUUACAUUGGUAACAAUUGAGAUGCAGCUAAAUAAUGGCUGCUGAUUUUUAGUCACAUGAUAUGUAACUCAACAGGGUGGAAGAAUUAUUUUUUUUAUCUGUGCGUACUUAAUUUGUUUAUAUUUUUAUUAAAUGUAAAAAAUGUGUAUUUCAGGUUCAGUUUCUAUAUUGGUAACAAUUGAGAUAGCAACUAAAUAAUGACAAUUGAUCUUAGUCACGUGGUAUAUAAAUCAGUAUUUCAAAUUUACAUGGUAUAGAAGAUGGCAAUUUUGAUGUCUCAAUUUUAAGAACAGUUCGCGACUUUUUUAUACAGUAUUAAUUCUCUUGUUAUAAGACUCAUUAUUUUUAUAAGUUGUCGGUAGUCCAAAAACUAUGAAAUUGACAUGGGGUAAUGCUGUAUUACCGUAUGUUUACAUUGGGAUGCAUUUUUAUAAGCAAUUUUUAUGUGACAAAUUUGUAAAUAUCAAUAAAUAAAUAUUUUAUAUCAGUAUU